CAUUUGCCUAAGCUACUACCUGAAACAAAAAUAGUUAUGUUAAUCAGUUUAGCAGUAGGAACUCUGUCAUGAAAAUUUCACUCUCUUUUUAAGAGCUAAUCUCUUGAGAAUUGUACAUACUUUCUGCGCUGUUAUGAAAAGAAGUGUGAAUUUCUUAAAUUCUAGUGAUAGCACUCAGCGUCUUACCUUCAGGAUCGGGACAAAGCCAAAAAUAAGUGGGGGACAACUGUUUCAAAUCGGCGAAAUUUUAUGUCCAUACUAUUGUUUUAAAACGUUGAGAAAAUAAGAGGACUUUGAAUACCAUGUAUUUUCUAAGAAUGUGGCGUGCCAAGAAGAAGCUGUUGUGUGCCUGUAUUUUUUUAUUAGCAUUGUGUAUUUUUAUCUGGGCACCAAAACGCUACAGCGCUCUGGAUAUCAGUAAUCGAAUGAACAGUGUCCCUGAAGUCCUGCUGGAUGAAAGACUAUGGGCAGCUAAAACUUAUGAACAUAUACAUUUCAGAGUGAAAGGGGAGGCAGCAGGGUUGCUUGCAAAGAAUGUCUGCAGAUGUGAAAAUGAAGAAAUGCCUGUAAAUAUUCCACUGUCAAAGCCAGUUUUUCACUUAGCUUCAGCUGUGCAGUUAAAAAGAAUCUUCAGCAUAUCAGAACUGGAAGAUCUCCAAAAGAAAAGGGAUCAGGAAUAUCAGAAGUUCCUAAAGAGGUCUCAAUCACCGCUAGACCUGUUGAUAAUUGCCAAAGCUAAUUCCCCUUUGGAGUAUCCUGUGCAGGGGCUCCAGGUUCGACCACUGAAAAGCAUACUUAUACCAGGGCUGAGUCUGCAAGCAUCUACAAGGGACAUUUACAGAGUGAAUCUGACAGCAUCUCUGGGGAUAUUUCAGCUGGCAGCUGAGGUUGAUGAGGUCAGUUUCCAAGGUGAUGGAGAGAUGCACCUUAGCCUCUCGAGUCCUCAGACAGAGAACCUGAACAAACAGCUUCAGUUUGUAAUGUAUACAAACACCCUUUUUCACCCGAACACUGCGGAUAUAGUACAUUUUACGACAGAUGGAUAUGAAGCUUAUUUCAGUAUAAAAGUCCAGCAUCCUACUCCACCCAAGCUUUAUCAUCCAGGAACUUCAGGAGAAUAUGAUAUCAGUGCCUUGGUUACUAUAGCAACCAAAACUUUCUUGCGCUACAGCAUGCUGCGAAAAUUGAUUAAAUCCAUCCGGAAGUAUUAUCCAACAGUGAAGAUUGUUAUAGCAGAUGACAGCAAUGUGACAGAAAAAGUUGAAGGACCUAACAUUGAACAGUACUUCAUGCCAUUUGAGAAGGGUUGGUUUGCUGGUCGGAAUUUGGCAAUCUCUCAAGUCACCACAAAGUACUUCCUGUGGGUAGAUGACGAUUUCAUCUUUACUAAUGAAACCAAAAUAGAAAAGCUAGUGGAUGUCCUGGAGAAAACAACCCUAGAUGUUGUUGGUGGAGCUGUUAGAGAAGUAACAGGAUAUUCAACAACGUAUCGUCAGAAGAUCACAGUGGAGGCAGGUGGAGAUGAUGGAGACUGUCUUCACACUCGACAGGGCUUUCAUCACAUAAUCAAAGGUUUUCCAAAUUGUGUGGUCACAGAUGGAGUGAUUAAUUUUUUCUUGGCCAGGACUGAGAAGGCGCGGCAGGUGGGGUUUGACCCCAAACUCAACAGGGUGGCACAUUUAGAAUUUUUUAUAGAUGGUUUAGGGAUUCUUCAUGUUGGAUCCUGUGACGAUGUUGUAGUCAGCCAUGCUUCUAAAAUUAGGCUGCCAUGGACAAAGACAAAAGAAGAUAAACUGUAUGCUACUUAUCGGUAUCCCAAAGCUUUGGGCAGCAACAAGGACCUCCAGUACAGACUUUUUUACUUCAAAAACAGGUUCAAAUGUAUGACUGGCAACUAAAAAGGCAACAAGGAAAUGUAAAGGAAUAAAUUGCACUAUUGGCAAGCAGGGAGAGGGGUUCACUUAGUGGGUACUAUGUACAUGUUUUUGUUGUAAAGUGAGAUUUAAAGAAAGAAAACAGCAAAAAGUAGUGGGCCAUUGUAGUGACUUAGAAUUCAGGGCAAAAUGUUUUUUUAACAGAGUUAAUAGGUCUUCCCUACUCAUAUAAUUCAGAGAUGCCAUCUCCCAAGCAGACCAAUAGUUUUCUUCUUCCAAAUGAAUCUUAGUCAUGUCCCCUAGACAAACAGCUGUUUACACAUUGAAUCAGGUCACCAAGUUUCACAGGCUCCUUAACUUGUUAAAAAUGUGAGCUUUCAAGUUCAGAGCCCUUGGCUACUGUUAACGUAUGUGAAACAUUCUUUGUUUACUUCAGCCGUACUUGAAUUUCUUUACAGCCUCAUCCAUUUUUAACAAACUCUAAAGAAUGGGACUUGAUAUUCCAGUGAAAUUUUACACAGUAACAUUGUUUCAGGGAGAAAAAUUAAUUCAUUUAGCUUUUGUUGAGUUGCAGUUAAAGCAAACACUGCAUCUUGCUGAUAUGUCAUAGUGGUCUGUUCAGUUGGAUAUUUAUUUGAAUUUGGCAUUUGUUUUUAAAUUUCUAAAUAAUAAGUCCCUCCACCCUAACACAUGUUUGUAAGUGCUCAGAGUGGACAAACUUUUCUUUGUUGUAACCUUGUCAUUCUAUUUCUAAAGUUAAUUUUGUUAGCACUUUACACAGCAGCACUUGUCUUAUUUUACUGAAGUCCUUAAGCACUUGAUUUUUGCUACGUUUUAUGAUGCUGUUCUGUUUGUUCCAUUUUUGCAUCCUUAUUGUUUUUCAACUUACCUUUCCUUUACUAUACUCUUAUUAAUUUGAUGCCAUUUCUUUACAAAAUGCAUAUUCUAAAAUGAUGUGUUGUUUUUCAAGAAAACUAAAGGACCUUUACAAUGAUUUAAUUGUAUUGUAUCAAGUUGAGAAGGCCAGCCCCUGUAGACUGGAAUGAGAUGGUUCUUAUGCAAUAAUUGUUAGUGGGUUCUUUUCUCACAGACCUAAGCUUGAGAUACAGGACUAUCACUUUUUUAUUAGUAUAAAAUAUGAUAUCUUACAGUAAUGUGAUACUUUGCAGGACAAAUCAAUAGGCCUCAAUAAAGCAAAUUACUUGUUUUUCUGUUUACAGUAAAUACAUAAGUAGAUCUUUUUUUAAGAAUGACAAUUUCCAUUUCUGUAUCUGUGAUUUAUAAUAAAUUGUUUUAGUUACUGUGCCAUAUUUUA